CACAUCCUAAUCUACGUGUUGCAAAUCUUGUGAUAUCUCUCCAUCAUAAAUCCACUAUCCCUCUCGAUAUUACCCACCCCCCCUCCCGGUACACCCGCAACAUGUCGAAGCAGUGCUAUGCCACAGACUCUCCCUUUGAAGGGAUCAUCGGCUACUAUCGUGCUGUGCGUCACGGUCAACAUAUCUUCGUCUCUGGCACGACCGCCGUCGACCCAAACCCUUCCACACAAAGCAGCCCUCAGAUCCUGUUUCCAGGUGAUGCAAAGCAGCAGACUCGCGUGGCUCUGGAAGAGUGCAUCAAGGCCGUGAGAGCCAUGGGAGGACGAGGACCCGAGGACAUUGUGCGCGUGAAGAUGUUCGUCAGUCGGCGGGAGGACUGUCUUGCCGUAGGCGAGGGCUUCCGUGAGGUUUUGGGCAAGGGGAAUGCCAGCAGCAGCGGCGUCCCGAUCGGGGCUGCCGCAACGAUGAUUGUGGUGCACAAUGGCUUUAUUGAUCCAGCGAUGUUGGUCGAAAUCGAGGUAGACGCUAUUGCGCCAGAAUAGGCGACAUCGAUGGGACCGGCUGCGCAGAGUGUCCUGUGUUUUGAGAAUGUCCGUCAGUCACGAUUGACUGGACUCAGCAACUCUUGUAUAACUGGGCAGAGAAUAAGAUCAUCCCGAGUGGGCCUCAUUCAUGAGAUACUGGGCGAGUUAGGACAGGACGUUCGCGAUUGUUGUUGAAUCGCGCGUCUCAUAACAUGUACCGGUGCCGGCCGCUUGGUAAAGAGUUCAUAUUGAGCAAUUCCCUGCUCCAGGAGAAUCACCAAUCCAUCGACAACUAUCCACCCUUGAGUGGUCCGAUCAUUCAUUGACGCCCGUAAUGGCGUCUGAUACCUCCCGUAUGCGAC